AUGGCUGCAAUGGUGAAGAUGCUUUUUCAUGUGUUAGCAUUUAGUUCCAGAUCUUCUACAUCUUUCAACCUCCGCCAUGAAUAUAAGCACCGAUCAAUCUUCUCUUCUAGCCUUAAAGCCCGCAUCACUUCAGAUCCUAAUCGCAUUCUUUCCACAAACUGGUCAUCUUCAACUUCAGUUUGUAACUGGAUUGGGAUCACUUGUGGCUCUCGUCACCGACGAGUUACUGCACUGAAUAUUUCAGACCUUCGAAAGCUGUCUAUUGCAACAAAUGAUUUCAAAGGGUUCAUCCCCAAUUCUAUCUCAAACUUGAAGAAUCUUAGAUUCUUGAGUAUGAAUUUCAACUAUUUGGAAGGAAAUAUUCCUAUAGAAAUAGCAACUCUUCAGGGAUUGAAAGUUCUAGCCUUGGGGUACAAUUCACUUAAUGGGUCCAAUGCGCUUGCAUUCUUAAACAUCUCAUCAUUGGAGAAUUUGGAUCUGGAAAAUGCUGGUUUAACUGGUGCUCUUCCAUCUGAUUUGUGUCGUCGCCUUCCAAGAUUGCAAAAGCUUAACCUUAACUUAAACAUGUUAAAUGGAGAGAUACCAAGAAGCAUAGUUGAAUGCUCGGAACUUCAACUCCUGUUGUUGAUGCAAAAUAACUUGGUUGGAACAAUUCCAAGAGAACUAGGCAACUUACAGCUGCUGCAAAAUUUGGAUCUUGGGAAAAACAGGUUAGAAGUUGAUAGCCGUGCUGCAUUUCAUCCAAAAGGUUUAAAUUACAUCACACGGAUAGAUCCUAUCUACCAGAAAGAGUGA